GGCGGGCUACCCAAGUUGGUGCUAGGCCUAGACGAAUGCCUGCAUUUUCAGUCUUCCCUCAAGUCCUCCCUGGCUGACGCCCCUCUCCCCGCUGCCCCGGGCUGCCUAGCUGCGGGACCAGGUGCUCGUUGAACCAUUUCUCAGCAGUAGCGGUUACAAGCACUCCACUGAACAACCAGUUACACAACUUCUUAUCAAAUCAUGUGCUCCUGAACAAGUGAUAAUUGAUGAAUAAUACUUCUUUUACUUAAAAGAAAUGAGUGUAACUGGUAUUGCAUCAAGAGCCGAAACCUGGCUUUCUGCUACGUGGCAUAUUACAGUAUCUCCAUUGUGGCUGGAAGCUUGUAUUAACUGGAUCCAAGAAGAAAAUAGUAAUGUUAAAUUGAGUCAGGCACAAAUUAAUAAGCAAGUGUUUGAACAAUGGCUCCUAACUGAUCUGAGAGAUUUGGAGCAUCCUGUUUUACCUGAUGACAUUUUAGAAAUUCCAAAAGGAGAACUGACUGGAUUUUAUGCUCUGCAGAUUAAUUCAUUGGUUGAUGUAAGUCAACCUGCAUAUUCCCAGAUACAAAAGUUGAGAGGAAGGAAUACGACAAAUGAUCUUGUUACAGCUGAAACACAAGUACCACAGAGACCUUGGGAAGCAAAACCAUCACGAAUGCUGAUGCUACAGAUGACAGAUGGAAUUAUACAAAUACAGGGAACGGAAUUUCAGCCUAUUCCAACUCUUCACAGUGCUCUUCCUCCAGGUACAAAAAUUUUGAUUCAUGGAAAUAUUUCUUACCGUCUUGGUGUUCUCUUAUUGAAACCAGAAAAUGUAAAGAUGUUAGGAGGUGAAGUAGAUGCUCUUUUAGAAGAAUAUGGCCAAGAAAAAGUACUUGCAAGAUUAAUUGGGGAACUUGAUCCUUUAGUUUCAGUCAUCCCAAAUAAUUCUAACCGAAGUAUCUCCAGAACUACAAAUACUCUAGAUCCUGCAGUAGAACCUUCUGAUGAAGAACUUUUGGCAAGUUUUGAUGAAAAGACUGAACUUAUAGCAAACAAUGACCACUUGGAAGAAGGAUAUUUCCGCACAGAUAGUUCUUCAGAUAGUAAAAGCACAAGGCAGUUGAGUUUUGAACCAGGACCAAAGGAGGAACCACCAAGUCAAUCUGUGCCUUUCACUGAUGAAGAAUUAGAUGACUUUUCAUUGGAGGAGGUCUUGCUUUUAGAAGAAAGUGUCCAGAAGGAGCAACUGAAGACUAAAGAAUUGCAGCCAUUGGCUCUGAACAGGAACACAGAUGAAAGUGUAGAAAGAAUAUCACUUAAGUCUAGUACUCUUAAUAAUUUUUCUUUGAGUUGCAAAAAUAGAAAUGAUAGUUGGAAUGAAAAAAAUGUAUCUGAACAAAUAACUAAUAAAGACAAAUUUUUAGGUUGUCCAUCUGCUAGGGAGAAAAAUAGUAGUGUUUUUUCAGUUGAUCAUAAUGGUUCCCUGUCCCAUGAUUUUAUAAAUAAGGAUAUUAUAAAGCCCCAAACAGGUAAUACAGUAAAGCAAACUGUUAGUAGUAUAGAUGAACACUCCUUAAAUGGAAAAAUAUUAGGUAGCGAUCUAGUCAAUUAUGUACCAAAAAAGAGUUUACAAGUAUCUAAUGAAAAUGAUCAUUUACAGACUUGUUCUUUAAGGUCACCAGAGAAUAGCAGCAAUCUUUCUAGCACUGUGGAUUUGUACUCGCCACCUUUUACCUAUUUGUCUGUUCUAAUGGCCAGUAAACCAAAAGAAGUGACAACAGUCAGAGUCAAAGCAUUCAUUGUAACCUUAACUGGAAAUCUCUCAAGCUCUGGUGGUGUUUGGAAUAUAACUGCAAAGAUUUCUGAUGGCACUGCAUAUCUAGAUGUAGACUUUGUAGAUGAAAUACUUACUAGUCUGAUAGGGUUUUCAGUACCAGAAAUGAAACAGCUAAAGAAGGAUCCUCUUCAGUACCAGAAAUUUCAUCAAGGUUUGCAGAAAUGCCAGCGAGAGCUUAUAGAUUUGUGUUGUUUGAUGACUAUUUCAUUUAAUCCCUCCUUGUCUAAAGCAAUGGUACUGUCACUACAUGAUGUUAAUGUGGAACAUCUUGUGACUCUAAAGAAGCGAUUGAAUAAAUAGUUUGCUAAAAUAGUAUUAGAAAAUAGAGGAACAAGAAAUAUUUGAAUUUGCCAUAUUUUGAAAUUGCCUUUGUAAAAAGAAAGUUUCAUAAUUUAUUUCAUUUAAACUUAAAAAUGUUUAAUCAUGUUUG